AAUGAGGGCAUCCCAUGAAUUUAGUCCUGUGACCUUCUCUCCAUCGUCUUCUUCCUAGCUAUGCUUGCUUGCUAGAUGCUUUUGUAUCGAUUUGAUUCAAAUCGUUGCUGCUUGCAUCUGAUUUGCGGAGCUUCUGUCUAUGUCGGGUCUUUACAAUUCCAACUUUUCGCCUGCUCGGGCUGCCUCUCCGCAGAUUACUUCAACUAACCCUGAUGUAGAGAGUAAUCGGUACUUGUCGGAGCUCUUGGCGGAGCAUCACAAGCUUGGGCCAUUUAUGCAAGUUCUUCCCAUUUCCACGAGGCUCUUGAAUCAAGAGAUCAUGCGGGUUACUGGGAUGGUGCCGAAUCACGGCUUCAGUGAACUUGAGAGACUAAGACACAGAAGUCCGAGCCCUAUGGCCUCUGCAAACUCUCUGUCAAAUGUUGCUGGGACUGGAUUAUCAAGCUGGAAUGGACUACCGCAAGAGAGACUGGGUGGGCCUCAUGGAAUGACUAUGGAUUGGCAAGGAGCACCAGCAAGUCCCAGUUCAUACACCGUCAAAAGGAUUUUACGUUUAGAAAUUCCUGUGGACAGCUUUCCUAAUUUCAAUUUUGUUGGCCGACUGUUGGGACCUAGAGGAAAUUCACUUAAACGAGUUGAAGCCACUACUGGAUGCCGGGUAUAUAUCAGAGGGAAAGGUUCAAUAAAAGACCCUGACAAGUUGCAGGAAGAGAAGCUGUGUGGGCGACCUGGCUAUGAGCACCUUAAUGAACCCCUCCAUAUCUUAAUUGAGGCUGAUUUACCAGCCAAUAUUGUUGAUAUGAGACUGAGACAAGCACAGGACAUAAUUGAAGAAUUGCUGAAACCAGUGGAUGAAUCACAGGAUUUCAUAAAGAGGCAACAGUUACGUGAGCUUGCCAUGCUAAAUUCAAAUUUUAGAGAAGAGAGCCCCGGGCCAAGUGGCAGUGUCUCACCUUUUAAUACCAGCAUGAAACGUGCAAAAACAGGACGUUGAUAUCAGUACACAAGCUCGUCAGAGAGUUUUUCUUCCGUGGUUGAUGGAGUAAUACAUGGAUAUAUCUAUGGAAAUGCAUCGUAUCCGUAUUUGCUGCCAAGUUGAUUAUACAACAAAGAGAUAAUUGUUCAAUGGAUGUGAAGCUGAUUGUUUGGGUUGGGUUUUACUACUUUCUUUUUGAUUAAGCAGAACAUCUAAAAGUUUUAAAAAAUGGUUGUAUAGUAUAGGGUUGGUUUAAACCAGGUUUUUGUCAUGUCAGUUCAUGAAAUAUGUAUUCAUUUGAUUGAUUCUAGUGUGAGAUGUGUUAUUAUUUGUACAGACUGCCAUUGAGAAGUUUGGUCUUGUAGAUAUUUUGUUGGGACAAACUAUCCACAAUACUACAUGUUCUUACCAUUCA